AUGGCUACAAUUGCCGUCCCGAGACCCGCUCUAUCUCCCAAGAACUCGUCGCAGCGCGGAAGCACUCCAGUCAAUUCAGCCUCUCCACUCCAAACGCUCGGAUUGGCGUCAUCCCCACAAUUAGCUGCGUCCGUCUCUCUCAAGAACCCUGUCUCCUUGUAUGCCGCCGGCCAGGCUAUACUCGACGACGCGGAUGACACGGGCUCAUGCGAGUAUACGCUUUCCUCCUCUCCAAGCCAUGCUCCAGCGCUGCCACAAGCCUCCCUGCUCUGCUCUCCCGAUAGCUAUGUGCGGGUCGACAGCGAGGAUGCUUCUAUAUAUGAGAUAGAUGCUGCUAGUGUGGCAGCAGCAUUGGAUUAUGCAUCCCAGCAGUUACUCCCUCCCCCUUCGCAGGUCUUUCCUUGGCUGCAUGGCUUACACCCUGAAAACCAAACUCAAAGGACCUACUUCGAUGGCCAUCAGUGCGUUAUCGGAAGCACGCCAAACUGUCUUCGAGCGAUUACUCUUGUCAAGGCGGAUGGCAAUCUCAGCCUCGCGCGGCUGAAAGGUGCCAUUGCCCCGGGCGAGUUUAUGCGGCCUGGAGCAACACCUGAAUUCAUCGAUGCAGACCCCCUGAGCGGAUUGUCUGUCCGUAACUUUCACAUCCAGCCUGCCAAGGUUGCUGCGACCUCUGACAUUAUCAUAUAUGGCCUGAACCCUGAUGAGACUCGAAGGGUUGCGUGGAAAGUUGCCGUUGCUCAGAAACGAUGGCGAGAAAAACAGCAUGCAGAGGCCAAGAAUCUGCCCACGUAUAACACUUUCGUCUGCACAAGUCCGUUUUCUGCCUUUGAAGAAAACCAUAGGAAUCUGGUAUCUAUCGAUGCAUCUGGCAAUUCGACCGGUCAAGUUUUGGACUUGAUACAGCAAGAGCGUCAAGAGAUGCGAAACAUGACAGAAACCUCUGAAAUAUGCCACAACGUCUACUUGGGCCCUAGCCCAGACCCUGGUGGCAUUGAAGAGCAGCAUUUUGACGUUCUCAUCGAAUGCAGUGAUACGGGUCGACUGGACCCAAAGGCCAUACAGUUCAUUGCUGAGCAUCCUCACUCGUCCCUGCCAUCCUCUAUUUGCUUUCCCUCUUCCGGAAGUAUUAUGCCCCCAACUUGGUCCCAGAGGGAGGCUGACGGAAUUAUCGAUACUUGUAAAUGGAUAUAUCACAUUGCCCAUAACAUUGUACCGGAAUCCAGUGACGCACAUCAAAAUGCCACGUCCCAGGAGGAGGAGUCUGCCGUUGCAGGCGCCCGGAAAGUACUUAUUCACUGUCCUGACGGAUAUACAGAAUCUACAUUGCUUGCUAUCGCCUAUUUCAGCUAUAGCACUGGCUCAUCUAUACCGGAUGCUUGGCUGGAACUUCACACGACAAAACGUCGCAAUUUCUUUGCUUAUCCCUCUGAUGUAUCGCUUUUAUCCGCCAUAGGGCCUCGCUUGCUGUGUGAAUCUCCGGUGUCUUCAGGGAAAAGUCUAGAAGACAUCACGAGUUAUAUAAGAGCUGAACCGCAAUGGUUUUCAGAUCUGGAUGGUUCACUCCCUAGCAGAAUCUUGGAUUACCUGUACCUGGGUAAUCUUGUUCAUGCGAACAAUCCAGAUCUCUUGAGGCGCCUCAAUAUCCGUCAAAUACUAAGCAUUGGAGAAUCUGCUUCAUGGACGGACGAAGAUCGAGCGAAUUGGGGCUCGGAUAAUAUGUGCUUUGUUGAAGGGAUUCAGGAUAAUGGUAUUGAUCCAUUGACUAAGGAGUUUGGGAGAUGCCUUGAAUUUAUUGAUCAAGGAAUACAGAAAGGCACGGCAACGUUGGUUCAUUGCCGUGUCGGAGUUUCCAGGAGCGCCACCAUCUGCAUAGCGGAAGUCAUGCGAACUCUCAAUCUCUCCUUUCCGCGCGCUUACUGCUUUGUCAGGGCUCGUCGUCUCAACGUCAUCAUUCAGCCUCAUUUACUGUUUGCAUAUGAGCUUUUACGCUGGGAGGAAUUCCUUCGACAGGAAGGUGGCUCCACGGAACCGUACAAGAGGGAAAUGGAGUGGGGGGAGAUUGCCAGAGAAAUCGCUCUCAUGAACCGUCCUUAUUCCAGAUAA